CAUGCACUCCACCAGAUCUCUUAGGGACAAACAUAUUAAUAUACCGAGACCAAUUCAUUCGAGUUCGUUGGUUUUUGAGCUUUCUUGAUCGCGUACAAUGUCGAGACUAAUGGAACCGCUGACUGUGGGAAGAGUGGUGGGGGAUGUGGUGGACAUUUUCACACCCACAGUGAGGUUGAAUGUGAUUUAUAACUCUAACAAGAGAGUCUCCAAUGGCCAUGAGCUCAUGCCAGCCGUUGUUGUUUCCAAGCCUCGCGUGGAAGUUGGCGGGGAUGACAUGAGGGAGGCUUAUACUUUGAUAAUGACUGACCCAGAUGCUCCAAGCCCUAGUGAUCCUCGUUUAAGGGAACAUCUCCACUGGAUGGUUACAGACAUUCCCGGUACUACUAAUGCUUCUUUUGGGAGAGAGAUCGUGAGCUAUGAGACACCGAGGCCGGUGGUAGGGAUCCACCGGUAUGUGUUCGUGCUGUUCAAGCAGAGAGGGAGGCAAACUGUGGUUGGGGCUCCGGCUUCGAGAGACCAUUUCAACACCCGAGCCUUCUCUCUCAACCACGGCUUGGGCUCACCUGUUGCCGCCGUCUACUUCAAUGCCCAGCGAGAGACUGCCGCUAGAAGAAGAUGAUCAAAUCGACUCUCAUCACCACCAUCAAUCCCAAAUUACUAUAAACCAUGUCCUCAUUAUCAAUUAACUUCAGCUUAGCUGAUGAGAACUUUUUUUCCUUUUUCCUUUCGUUUUCCUUGAGUUUUUUUUUUUUUCCCUAGGCUGCCAAAAGGCUUGGAUUUGUCACCAAAUCAUGUGGGAAGAGAUUUGAGAAUGUUGUGUCGUGUGUGUCAUUUCGAUUGGUCGGUACCGGUUCAGUACUAGGUACUGUGCGUAGGUAACUGUCGUUGCUUUUUCCCAUGUCAUGUCUUUUUCCAUAGGACCAGAAAAAAGGGAGGAGAAACACUAGAUGGGGAUGCAUGUAGCAUCAGAGCUACGUCCUAGGGUUGGGAAUUGUGCCACUUUAUAUAAUAUAUGUAUUAUUAUAUUGGCAUGCAACGAUCAUCGAUGGAG